CGACGAAUGAACAAUGUUGAAGGUUUUGUUAGUUUUGACAAUUCUGUGCGGUUCCGUUUUCACGGAAGAAUCUCCGGAAGAAACGAAGCAAAGAAAACGAGGUAUCUUGGGUGGUAGCGACGGAUGGAUUGGUAUACCAAAUCCACAUUCUUAUGGAUAUGGACAACCAUGGGCAGAUCAUCAUAAUCCAUGGAAAAAUAUUAAAUUCGGAAAUAUCAAUUUACACCAUGGAGGAUGGAAUGGAUUUGGAAGUUACGGAAAAGGAGGUUUCGCUUUACCAUCUGGUAACGGCCAUGGACCAUUAGUGAAGACACUUCCCGUAUAUAUAACGAAACAUGUAGUUUUGGAAAAACCAGUUCCGGUUCCUGAACCAGUAUACAUAGAGAAACCAUACCAUAUCCCGAUAGAAAAAGUGAUUCCGGUACCAGUCGAGAAAAUUAUUCACAAACCAGUACCUGUGCCUGUUCCAGUUCCACAGGCAAUUCCAGUCCCCGUGGAACACCCUGUGCCAAUACCAGUGAAACAUCCUGUAGCAGUACCAGUUCAUCACCCUUAUCCGGUACCGGUAAAACAAGGAAUACCGAUACCAGUACCAGUUCCGUUUCCGAUACCCCCACCAUAUCCGCUAUACGGUAGAGGUUUUCCGGCCGGUCCCUUCUAUCCAGGGUUACAUGGUCACGCGCAUUUUGGUCAUGGCUUUGGCGGCCACGGUUAUGGUCAUGGAUUUGGUCAUGACUUCGGUCUAGGACAUGGCUACGGUGGUCAUGGCUACGGAGGUCAUGCUUACGGUGGUUAUGGCUACGGUGGUCACGGGUAUGGCCAUGGAGGUGGCUACGACUUUGGUGGUCAUGACUAUGGUAGACACGGACAUGGUGGCCAUGGUUAUGCUCAUGGUUAUGGACAUGGACCGUAUGGAUACAACCACCCUCAUCACUACGAUCAUGGUUAUGGACACGAACGUAAAGAAAAACGAAGUAAACAUUAGAAUAAAUCGUAAUAGGAAUAAUUACUAUCUUAAUAUAAAUAGUUACUAUUAAAAUGUUAACACAAGUAAAGUCUUAACUCUUGUAAAUGUGUACCAAAGUAAAAGUUUGAAAAUCUCUGAAGAUCGCUGU